UGCUGACUUACAUACACAUCUUUCUCCUUUGAACUCACUCAGAACAAACUAAACCAACAAGCCUCACUCAACAUUCCCAAGCUCAUCCAUGGCUUCUUCUCUCCUCCCUCCAACCCCUGCACCCACUACACCCAACAACAAGCACUCCACACUCCCAUGGAUCACCUCUUCUUCAAAACCAACUUCACUCAUCCACUUCAACCCACCUUCAUACAAAUCCAAAAGAAACAGACCAACUUCAUGCUGCAAUGCCAUCCUUGGCACUGAAUUCCCUGAAGAUUUCCUCACCAACACUCUCCAUUUGGAUGAAUCCAGUCCUCUGUUUCCAGUUUUGCAGUAUGGUUUCUCUCAGUUUGAAGAAACAUCUUCAACCAAUUGGGGGGUCCUUCUUCUUCUUGGACUGAGUUGGGUGUACUUGACUGCAAGGCCAGGAGUUCUGAUUGGUGCCAUUGAUACCUAUGUUUUUGCUCCAUUGCAGCAGGGCCUUGAUAGCUUGUUAGGGAGGAGGAAUUUGAAGAUGAGUGAUUUUGUUGUUGGGGAGAGAUUGGGUGAGGGAUCAUUUGGAGUUGUUUAUGCAGGAGCCAUUGUUCCCAAGAAUGUCAUUGUGGAGGAUAGGAUUAAGAAGAGUGCUAGAAGAUUGCAAAUGGAUGGCAGGUUCAAAGAGAAAGUUAUUCUCAAAAAGGUGAAGGUUGGAAUAAUUGGAGCUGAGGAAUGUGGAGAUUAUGAGGAGUGGUUUAAUUACAGAGUAUCGCGAGCAGCUCCGGAUUCAUGUGCUGAGUUUCUUGGGAGUUUUAUUGCUGAUGAGAAUAGUAUGCAGUUUACUAAAGGUGGUAAAUGGCUUGUGUGGAAGUUUGAGGGAGAUAGAGACCUGGCUGAUUACAUGAAUGAUCGCAGCUUCCCAUUGAACUUGGAAAAGAUCAUGUUCGGACAAACACUUCAAGGAUUAGAUUCAGUUAAAAGGAAUGCGCUUAUCAUUAAACAAAUCAUGAGACAAAUAGUAACUUCACUUAAGAAGAUCCAUGACACUGGAAUAGUCCAUCGAGACAUUAAGCCGGCCAAUUUAGUUGUGACAAGGAAGGGACAAAUCAAACUCAUAGAUUUUGGAGCUGCCACAGAUCUUCGUAUCGGCAAAAAUUAUGUCCCUAAUCGUGGUUUGCUCGAUCCCGACUAUUGCCCCCCUGAGCUUUAUGUUCUUCCUGAGGAAACACCCACUCCUCCACCUGAACCUAUUGCUGCAAUUCUUUCUCCAAUCCUUUGGCAGUUAAACAGUCCUGAUCUAUUUGAUAUGUAUUCAGCUGGAAUUGUGCUCAUGCAAAUGGCAGUUCCAAACUUGAGGUCUGCUGCAGGUCUGAAGAAUUUCAACACACAAUUAAAGGGUGUUGGUUAUGAUCUGAAAAAAUGGCGGGAAUUUACGCGUACGAAACCAGAUUUAAGCCUGUUAGAUCUUGACUAUGGUAGAGGAUGGGAUUUAGCAACAAAGCUAAUAGCAAAAAGAGGAAUUCUCGGAAAGGGCCGGUUAUCGGCAUCUGCCGCUCUUCGGCAUCCGUAUUUCUUGCUUGGUGGUGAUCAAGCAGCAGCCAUUCUCUCAAAGUUGAGCUUGUCUAAAUACUAGUCCCUCAGCAGAAGAUCAGGGAGGUCAAAGUUUCAUCGGAAGAACAAAGAAAUAAUUAAGUUCUGUAUAGAGUAAUUCACUGAAUAUGUGAUUUAUGAUGACAUUUUUAUCUGGACAUCCUUGACACAUAAAUAUAUAUUUCAUACGACUAAUAACAAACUUCAGAGUUUGAAGUA